UCUCUCCUCGAAGAAACGCUUUCUGGAUCUCGAAUUCUCGACUACAGCUCCGAUUUCAUCGAUUUAGAUCGGUGGAUUGUGAUCUAAAGCUGUUCUUCCGGUUGCUUCUUAACUUCAAAUGGAGAUGACUCCUACUGAGAAUAACAUGCUGGUUAAUAUGGAGAUGCAACUGGAACCGGUGUAUCUCGGUAUGCAAUCGCACAACGUAGAGACACCACCAAGCAAGCGCAGAAAGAAGAAGUCGAUGGUCUGGGAACACUUCACUAUUGAAACUGUUGGUGUAGGGUGCAGAAGAGCCUGCUGUAAGCAAUGCAAGCAGUCGUUUGCAUACAGCACUGGUUCGAAAGUUGCUGGCACCAGUCACCUCAAACGCCACAUUGCCAAGGGAAGUUGCCCAGUUGUGCUUCGAAAUCAGCAACAGGACCUGUUGUCCCCAUUCAGCGCACCUUCAAAAGUAGGCGGUGACUCUGCUGCUCCAACCACCGAUACACCUAAACGUCGCUACAGAACCGCCAGUGUCCCUUAUGUUGCGUUCGACUCCGACCGUUGCCGCCAGGAGAUAGCUGAGAUGAUCAUUUUGCAUGACUACCCACUUCACAUUGUCGAACACCCGGGGUUUAUGGCUUUUAUACAUAACCUUCAGCCUCGUUUUGAGAUGGUGAACUUCAGUACGGUUCAAGGUGAUUGUGUAGCGACUUAUCUUCGAGAAAAACAGAGUGUUCAGAGUUUGAUCGAAGGGAUGCCGGGACGGAUUUGCCUCACGCUUGACCUCUGGAAUUCUUGCCAAACAACGGGUUACGUUUUUGUAACUGGCCAAUUUGUGGACAGCGAGUGGAAAAUACACAGAAAAUUACUAAAUGUUGUGAUGGAGCCGUAUCCCGAGUCUGAUUCGGCUUUUAGUCAUGCUGUGUCUGCCUGCCUAUCAGAUUGGAACAUUGAGGGCCGGUUAUUCUCGCUCACGAUAAACCAGCCUUUGAGUGAAAUUGGGAUUGAUAGUCUCAGAAAUUUGCUUUCAGAGAAGAACCCGAGCAUCCUCAGUGGUCAAUUGUUGCUUGAUCACUGCCUAGCUCGUUCUUUAAGCGGCAUCGCCGAGGAGGCGCUAACAGCCUGUCAAGAAACGGUCAAGAAGGUGCGAGACUGUGUGAAGUAUGUGAAAACCUCAGAGCUUCUGGAAGAGAAAUUUCUCGAACUCAAACAACAACUUCAAGUACCGAGCAUGAAAACGCUAGCACUCGAUGAUCAGACUCGAUGGAAUACGACUUACGAGAUGUUACUAGCGGCUUCUGAGUUGAAAGAAGUAUUUUCGUGCUUAGAUACCUCCGACCCCGAUUAUAGUAAAGGACCAACCACCGAAGAGUGGAAGCAGGUUGAGAAUAUGUGCACGUAUUUGAAGCUGCUUUUCGACACCGCAAAUCUGCUGACCUCAUCAACCGUACCCACAACAAACAACUUCUUUCACGAAGCAUGGAAAAUCCAGCUCGAGUUGGCACGAGCCGCCACAAGUGAAGAUGCCGCCAUCGCCAACAUUGCAAAACCGAUGCAGGUGAGUUUUGAUAAGUACUGGAAAAGCUGUUGUUUGAUGUUGGCGAUCGCGGUGGUUAUGGACCCACGGUUCAAGAUGAAGCUCGUCGAGUUUAGUUUCACGAAGAUUUAUGGAGAUGAGGCGGCAACUUACAUCAAUUUCGUGGAUGAAGGGAUACAUCAGCUGUUUCUCGAGUAUGUCGCACUUCCUCUGCCACCAAAUGGCGGUGGGUUCGAAGGAAACAUGAAACAAGAAGAGGAUGAAGGGCUCGGGCUAACGGAUUUCGAUAUGUACAUCAUGGAGACGACAAGCCAACAGUCGAAAUCAGAGUUGGACCAGUAUUUGGAGGAGUCGCUUUUACCAAGGGUUCACGAGUUUGACGUUGUGGGGUGGUGGAAACUGAAUAAGGUGAAGUACCCGACACUUUCGAAGAUGGCACGUGAUAUCUUGACGGUUCCGGUAUGUAGUGUGGUUCCGGAGUCGGUUUUCGAGACAGGGAGGAAGGAGAUGGAUCGGUAUCGGUGUUCGUUGAGAGCGGAAACGGUGGAGGCGAUAGUGUGUGCAAAGGAUUGGCUUGGGGUUAGGGGAGGGGGGGAUUCAGGGGAGAUGAUGAAGGCUUUGGUGAAGAUGGAAUUCCCCAUUUGA